GAGCCGCCUUCAACCGGCGCUCUGCUCUCGAGCAUGCGCAGCCCGCCCGCGCACGUCGACGCCAGCCGAGAGCGAGCGUGAAUGACGUCUACGUCCGUGACGCCCGGGUCGAAGAGGGCGUGGGGUUUCCGAGAGUGCGCAGUGAGUGCGGCGGCGGCGACCCUUCGGCCUUUUUAGGGAGGGGGAGACAUUGCGAUGGGGGCGGCGGCAGCGGAAGCAGAUCGCACGCUUUUUGUGGGCAACCUUGAAACGAAAGUGACCGAGGAGCUCCUUUUCGAGCUUUUCCACCAGGCUGGGCCAGUAAUAAAAGUGAAAAUUCCGAAAGAUAAGGAUGGUAAACCAAAGCAGUUUGCAUUUGUGAAUUUCAAACAUGAAGUGUCCGUUCCUUAUGCGAUGAAUCUGCUUAAUGGAAUCAAACUGUUUGGGAGGCCCAUCAAAAUUCAGUUUAGAUCAGGAAGUAGCCAUGCCUCACAGGAUGUCACUUUGUCAUAUCCCCAGCAUCAUAUUGGAAACUCAAGCCCUACCUCUACAUCUCCUAGCAGGCAUGAAAGGACUGUGGAUAACAUGAUUCCAUCAGCACAGAUAAUUCAGAGGUCUUUCUCUUCUCCAGAAAAUUUUCAGAGACAAGCAGUGAUGAACAGUAUUUUGAGACAGAUGUCAUAUGGUGGGAAAUUUGGUUCUCCACAUCUGGAUCAGUCAGGAUUUUCCCCAUCAGUUCAGUCACAUAAUCCUACUUUUAACCAGUCUUCAAGCUCCCAGUGGCGCCAGGAGACGCCAUCCUCACAACGUAAAAUCAGACAGAAUUCUCAUCCCUACGUCCUGGACAGACAUUAUAGCCGUGAACAACGCUACACUGAUCAUGGGUCUGACCAUCAUUACAGAGGAGGCAGGGACGACUACUUCCAUGAAGAUCGGAAUCCUGAUGGCUGGAGCCACGAUUAUGAAAACAGAAGAGACAGUAGUAGAGAUGGAAAAUGGCGUUCGUCUCGACACUAGCAAGUAUUAAAGGACGAUGUUUUUAUAGGGUCACUCUAGGUCCCUUUGGCUGAAUUGAUCUGGAGGUGUUUUGUUAACUUUACAGAGCAGCUUUACAAGUUGCCACAUUUCUUUGUAAAAUUUUUAAAACCUAUAGCUGCAGUCUAGUACAGAAAUAAGAAUUGUGGUUCCAGUUUUAUUACAUUAAUAACCUUUCACCUCAGGGUUUUAUGAAGAGGAAAGGGUUUUAUGCAAAAGAAAGUGCCACAGUUUCUAAUCAUUUUAGACAAUUAACGAAGGGAUGUGUUAUAUGGAUUGGUUGUAUUAUAAAGCAGAUAUUUUAAUUAUCUGUUAUCUUUUUGUAUUGCAAGAAGUUUGUUGUCAGUGAAUCAGAUUUUGGUGUAUAUAAUAGAAAACAUUCAAGUUUUGAUAGUCUGAAAUGACUGUCAGUAUUUUGUUGAUAAAAGAAAGUAAUUUCAGUGACUCAUUUUACUUAAAACUUAUUGGGGUUUUAAGGGGAUAAAUCAUAUUUGACUUCUUAGAGAAUUUUUAGUGUAAGUUCUGUGACAUGCUCAUUUGAGUUUUACUCUAAUUGAACAUAAAAUUGUAAAUCUAUACAUGUUGUCUUAUUCUAAAAUUUUAAAAUGUACUUAUUAAAUCAUGUUUGAUGUAUAACUGAAGUUACUCAGGAAGUUAAAUAUCUCUAAAUGUAUUUUUUUAUGUUAAAAAAAUACAGUGUUAAUAUAAAUCCCCUUUUCAGGAAUAACAAAAAUGUAAAAGCAGAGGUAAAAUGGUAAAAUGUUUUACUGAAAGUAUUCUUUUUGCAAAAAGAAGGUUCAUGAACCGUUUAAGUGCUGCCUCUGUUACUCAAAACUUUAAAAACUUUAACAUUUUCAAAGUGCCCAGGACAUGUGUACGUGGGUAUGUUUUAUUGUGGAGAUUGUACAGAUUGCUUUUUUGUUUGAACGUUUGAAACAAUUUAAACUUUUUCUGAUUUAAAAAUUUUUAAAUCUUGUUUAACAAAAUUGUGUAUCAAGAUGCUGUUUCCCAUUUAUUGUAGAACUUGUUUAUAAAAAAUCAUUCCUUGAAAAAUUUUGAUCCUUUUUAAUAUUAGUAACCACAGCAUUUAUACUGUGUUCUUUUUUAAUAUAUUGAAAACCUAAAAAAGAGUGUGUCUUAUUUUUUUGACAUUACUAACUUUGGAGACCAUGUAUACAAAGUUAGCAACAUACUUUUAUUCAGUGAUGGCCUGGUGUUAAGAAUGUUGGUUCUUAGAGCAUCCUGAAAUACUCCUUUUGUACAUACUGAAAUUAAUAUUUCAGAAUCAGAUUUUCAGUGAUCUGGAUUAUAGUUCUUACCAGUUACGAACUGGUUACCCUCCUUAGUCUCUGGGAGUUCACGUACUCUCAGGUCUUCCCUGUGUGUAAAUGCAUGCCGUUUUUCGGUAAGUGGAACUAUUGACUCCGCAUGAUUAAAAGUUUGUUUGCUUACACA